AUGGGGAUCACAGAUUUCUUGUCGGACCUGAUGAGCUCGGUCUCAUUCGUGCAGGAGGUGCACGCCGAAGCUCCCGCCGAAGAGGAAGAAUCCAGCGAAGGCGGCGAGGAAUCAAAGGACGACGAUGCUGGUGAGGAAGAGGAGGGUGGUGACGAAGGUGGUGAGGAAGAAGAGGAGGAGGAGGAGGAAGAAGAAGAAGAAGAGCCCGUGGACCCCAAGCCCAAGCUCGAGGAGGAGUGCGCCAAUUCCGCCCAAUGCGUUGGCUACAAGCACCACUUCGACGAAUGCGUUGAACGAGUCACCGCCGCCCAAGAAGACCCCGAUCACAAAGGGCCUCAUGAAGAUUGCGUCGAAGAAUUCUUCCACCUGCAACACUGCGCAACGCAAUGCGCCGCUCCUAAGCUGUGGAAGGCACUGAAAUAG